CAGCUUUGAAAUCUGUCCCUUCCGGUGAGACGUCCAAUGUUUUGGGUUGUACCCGCGGCGUGAAGCUUCAUCAGUUCAGAGGCUAGAAAACACCUCAAAAGCUCCACUUUAAAACGUCACAGGAGACGGAGCUUCGAUGGGAGGAGAUGACCAGACGGAGCCGGAGGACGCGGUGGGCAGGCGGGUCUUCUGCGACGAGGAGCGGGCCACGGUGCGGUAUGUGGGCCCGGUGCCACCGACAGCAGGGCUGUGGCUCGGCGUUGAGUGGGAUAACCCUGAGCGAGGCAAACACGACGGCAGCCACGAGGGAGUCCAGUACUUCACAUGCAGACACCCAAAAGGAGGCUCCUUCGUCCGUCCAGAGAAGGUGAGCUUCGGAGUGGACUACCUGACCGUAGUGCAACAGCUGUACCAGAUCGACUCCGAGGAGGUGCUGAGUGAGACGAUCUCCAUCUCCUCCAAGAAACUCAAGUGGGCGGGCUUCGAGGAGCGCAGUUUCGAGAGUCUUCCAACAGUGUUGCUGAGUCACAGUGAAGUGAACGGGCCCGGUGAUGAUGGAGAAAUCAGGAAAACAACGCCAAACGUGCAGAGGUUGGACCUGAGUAGGACUCUGCUGUCCUGCUGGGAGGACGUGGCUGCCAUCACUCAGCAGCUGGACAAACUGAAGGAACUAGAGCUCAGCAACAACACACUGCGUUUGCCCUCUGACCUCUCCGCUCACUGCCAGGCUUUCUGCAGCCUCAGAGUCCUCGCCCUCAGCAGCUGUGACCUCACCUGGCCACAGGUACACCUUUCUGUACUGAACAGCACACACAGUGGGUCCCUGGCCCCAAAAAGAUUUGAGAACCUCUGCAUUAUAGGAUGGAAAAGGAGCGGAGAGGUCGGAGAGGUAGGAGAGGUAGAAGAACUCGGCUGGCAAAUCCCCUAA